CUCUCUGUGUGUGUGUGUGUGUCUGGGCUCAGUGAGGCUCAGGGUCAGAGGAUGUCAGGUCGCUCUCAGCAGCUCAGGUGAUGCUCGUGUGUUUGCUGUGCUGGCGGUGAGGAUGGACUCUCACACACUGCAGUGAAGGCUGGAGGACAGACCUUCUGACAGAGAGGUUUCCCGUCUGAAGCUGUGAGGUCAGUCGUACAGGAGCAGCAGCAUGGUGGACGCAGCUGAGAGCGUGAAUAAAGACAUGAAGGUGUUCGUGGUGGACAGCCAGGCGUUCCCGCCUCAGGAGUCUGUCCGGAGGGACGGCCCGCGGCUCUUCAUCAUCUACCUGCUGCUGGCCGUGGCUCUGCUGGGGGUCUUCAUCGAGGCUGGAUUUAUCUGGCAUCUGUACAGCAGGCCCGCGACAACAUCAGAUAUCCAGAAAGUGGAAUAUAUAAAAGGAGAGAAGUCCUCGUUUCCCAGAAGUUCACAUGAUUUUAAUGAAGUUUGGCCUGCAAAGCCUCCCAAAGCUGAGAUUAAACCGGCAGCAUUUCUGCAAAUCGCUUCGCCCGUGUCCGACGGGAACGGCGUCCUGCACUGGAGAGCCGACAGCUUCCCGGUGUUCAUGAGGGGUCUGGAAUACAAGGACAACAGCCUGUACGUCCAGCAGGACGGAUACUAUUACAUCUUCUCCAAGAUCGCUCACCUGGAGAACUGCAACUUCUUCAAGCACCAGGUCAUGCAGAGGACGGAGAGGUACAGCUCCAAGGCCAUCGAGCUGAUGCAGAGCUCCAGGUUUAUCUGCGUGCCCAAUAAAUCCCAGUGGAGGGGCAACAGCUACCUGGGAGGCAUCUUCCAGCUGUUUAAAGGAGACGGUGUGUUCGUGAAGGUCAAUAACAGCUCGCAGGUGCACGGAGAAGUGUACGAGAACUUCUUUGGUGCCUUCAUGGUUUAAGUACUGACAUACUGCUGUGAGAAAAUCACACACACACACACAGCUAUUGUCAUGAUGGAGCAAGUUUCAAAGCAUCUUUCAGUACUGAGGUAUUUUACCACCACAGAGCUCAUCAAAGGAAUACUUUACCCAAAAAUGAAAAUUUGCAGGCCAUCCAAGAUGAUGAUAAGUUUGUUCAUUCAUGGCUAGAGAUUGCAUGACUAAAAAAAGCAGUGAUUGGGUGCCGUCAGAAUGAGUGUCCAAACAGCUGAUAAAAACAUCACAAUAAUCCACAAGUAAUCCACAGCACUCCAGUCCAUAAUAACACUUUCUCUGUGAAAAAGUCCAUUUCCUGUUGUCUCUUACAUCGAAAUUCAGACACAUAUUUGUUUGGAGUUGUUUUGAACCGUUUUGGCUUGAUCCGUGCAGAUUUUGCUCCUGAUUCAGACCAGACCACUUUUGGCAGAAACGUUAUUAUGGAUUAUGACCUCAUAUUUCAUAUUUUGAUUUGUUUCAGGUUUUGUCUUCUCCAGAUGUUAACUGAAGGACUGGAGUGCUGUGGAUUACUUGUGAUGUUUUUUCUUCAGCUGUUUGGACUCUCAUUUUUGACGGCACCCAUUCACUUUCGGCAAAUAAAAUUUUUUGGGUGAACUACUCCUUUAAGUGCGUUCAACGAGGCCGCACACUUGAAUCGAUCAAGCGUUCAGCUGUGCGUUCACGUGCUGGCGUGGAGUGGGGGUGUGACAUUAUUUGUUGUUAUUUAUAAAAGUGCAUACUGUGUUUUGAUAUUGACUGGAAUGUGCAUUAAAUGUGCCUCAUAAAAAUAAAAUAUUGCAAUGUCAGA